AUGUCUUCACCGCCAGUUGGGGGUGAUCUUCCGACUUUUCCACCCUCAACGCCUCCGCCGCCGUUACCUUCUCUUCCGGAUAAUGCAACCAAUCCAACUACUCCGGUGAACUCCACUAAUGCAACUACUGCUCCUCUUCCUGGUAAUUUGACUCCGGGGGUGGCUCCGCCUCCACCAAUACCACCACCCCCGCCUGGCUCAUCGAACAGAAAUACUACAUUGUUAGCUCUGGGUGUGGGGAUUGGCAUAGGCGGGGCAAUUGUGCUCGUUUGCGUGGGCAUUUUCGUCCUUUGGUACAAGAGGAGAAACAGGCGCCUUGGAUUGAACGACUUUGCUUAUGCUCCUGAGCAAGGGCCGAAAGAUUCUUUCAGUGGUCCACACCAUCACUGGCAACAGACUGCUCCGCCGCUGUCUGGCAACAUGGCUGGAAUACUGCCAAAACCUAGCAUGUUGUCGCAUCACCAGCUGCCUUCGAUGGACGGUUCUAAUCCGCCCCCGCCACCUUCUAUAGAUAGCGGCUUGAGCUGUGAGGAGCCUGUUCCACCACCAAGCACUAAUACUUGUUUGAGUUUCACAAUAACUACGUUCACAUAUGAAGAGCUAGCACUUGCCACAAAUGGUUUCUCCAGCACCAACCUCCUUGGUCAAGGUGGCUUUGGAUAUGUGCACAAGGGAAUACUUCGUGAUGGGAAAGAGGUUGCAAUUAAACAGCUAAAAGCUGGAAGUGGUCAAGGGGAGCGUGAAUUUCAGGCAGAGGUUGAGACCAUAAGUCGCGUUCAUCACAAGCAUCUAGUAUCACUCGUUGGCUACUGCAUUUCAGAGGCAGAGAGACUGCUGGUAUAUGAAUUUGUUCCUAAUAAAACCUUGGAGUUCCACUUGCAUGGGAAGGAGAAGCCUCCUAUAAACUGGGAGACUCGGAUGAAAGUUGCUGUAGGUUCUGCAAAUGGAUUGGCAUAUCUGCAUGACACCAGUCAACCUAAGAUUAUACACCGUGAUAUCAAGUCUGCUAACAUUCUUCUCGAUGCCAAUUUUGAUGCCAAGGUAGCAGAUUUUGGGCUUGCCAGGUUCUAUUCUGACACUGAUACUCAUGUCUCUACCCGUGUGAUGGGAACUUUUGGUUAUUUAGCUCCAGAGUAUGCUCUCACUGGCAAACUGACAGAUAAGUCAGAUGUCUUCUCCUUUGGAGUCGUGCUUUUGGAGUUGAUCACUGGACAUAGACCAAUUGAUAAAGGUCAACCCUACCUUGAUGGUAAUAUCGUUGAUUGGGCUAGGCCUUUGCUUACACAAGCUCUGGAUACUGGCAACUUUGAUACUCUAGCUGAUCCAACAUUGGAGAAGGAUUAUGACUCCACUGAGAUGGCUCGAAUGGUUGCUUGUGCUUCUGUAUGUAUUCGUCAUUUGGCACGGCGGAGGCCACGGAUGAAUCUGAUAGUUCGAGCUUUAGAAGGAAAAAUAUCCCUGGACGACUUAAACGAUGGCAUACGACCUGGACGCAGCGCAAUAUAUGAUCCUCACGGGAGCUCAGAUUUUGAAGCCACUUAUGAUACCUUUCAGUACAAAGAGGACCUGCAGAAAUUCAAGAAGAUGGCUCUAGAAAGCGUUGAACACAACAAUUCGAGCGAAUGCAGUGGACCCACCAGUGAUUUUGGUCUGCCCGCCUCGUGCUCCAGCAGCGACUAUCUAAGGACGACUCAAGAGAUGCGCCCCGAAGCCUGA